UAUUUUUUUGAUAUAUAUAUUUGGUCCAACCAUGGCGGCGAUGAGUUUUGUGAUCUCCAUCUCUGUUAUGACGCUGUUUUGGGGCAUUGUUGGAGGAGUGGUGCCUUGGUUCAUCCCCAAAGGACCAAACAGAGGUGUGAUCGUCACAAUGCUGGUGCUAACUGCAGUUUGCUGCUACCUGUUCUGGUUGAUAGCGAUUCUGGCCCAGCUGAAUCCACUUUUUGGGCCCUCUUUGUCCACUGAUGUCAUCUGGUACCUGAACUAUCACUGGUCUUAAUUUAACCUUCAAGGACUCUCGACCCUGCAGCAGGAGAGGACCUGACACUGCUGUAUGCCAACGCAUGUUUACUACUACUCACUCCAUCAGAUUGAGCAGAGAUCAUUCCUUCCCCGUGUAAUUAUGAAGUCAUGCCAGCACUGGUGCCUUGUACAAAACAAAAGAUUCCCAAAGGACCUCGAAGAGAUCUCACUGAAUGUGCUUUACUUAAAUCAAAGCAACCGUCACUUGGUGGUGUUUGGUUUAUAUAUGAUGUAUAUUGUGGUUAUUGCUGUUGUUAAUAUGAACGAAGUUGCCUUUAAAUAGCUGAUGUGUGCUGUGUUUGUUUGGUGAUUCCUUGUGUGCCUUGUAAUAGUGAUAGAUGUAGAUCCAUUUAAUAGUUAAUAAUAAACUAACAAUCAGCUCA